CUGGAGGUGUGAGUCAGUCUCCCGGGGACCCGGCCGCUGGAAGGAAGGAGAAAUGUUUACUCUGUAGAAAUGAGCCAGGUUUGCCGCCGCCGGUGGGCUUCGGUGUGGAAACGCGCGCGGACUCUGCCCCGGCUGCUACACAGUGUAGCUCGGACGCUGUGAGUUUCAAGAAUCUGGUGAAAGGGAGAGAGUGGACAAUGAAAAUGGACAUGGAGGAUGCUGACAUGACUCUGUGGACAGAGGCUGAUUUUGAAGAGAAGUGCACAUAUAUUGUAAAUGAUCACCCGCUGGAUCCCAGUGCCGAUGGAGGCACCCUAACUCAGGCAGAGGCUUCCUUGCCAAGGAACUUGACUUUCAAAUACGCAUCUAACUGCAAAGAGGUCACUGGAGUUAUAAGCAAAGAGUACAUCCCAAAAGGAACACGCUUUGGACCCCUGGUAGGAGAGAUCUAUACCAGUGAUACGGUUCCCAAGAAUGCGAACAGAAAAUACUUUUGGCGGAUCUAUUCAAGUGGUGAACUUCAUCACUUCAUUGAUGGAUUUAAUGAGGACAAGAGCAACUGGAUGCGUUAUGUAAACCCUGGCUACUCUGUUCAGGAGCAGAACUUGGCUGCUUGUCAGAAUGGAAUGAACAUCUACUUCUAUACCAUCAAGCCCAUCCCUGCCAACCAAGAGCUGCUUGUGUGGUAUUGCCGAGACUUUGCAGAGAGGCUGCACUAUCCCCCCUCCAGAGAGCUGACAAUGAUGAACCUCACACAAACCCACAUUAAUCCAAAGCAGCACAGCACUGAUAAAGAUGAGCUUUAUCAGAAAAGCAUCCCAAAGAAGGAGCACAGUGUGAAAGAAAUCCUGAAAAUGGAAUCCAAUCCUCCUAAAGGAAAAGACUUCUUUCAGACCAACAUUUCACCAGUUACUCCAGAAAAAGACUUGGAUGAUUUACGUAAGAACUAUAGUCCGGAGAGGUGUUUCUUCCCUCGAGUUGUCUACCCGAUCCGACCUCACAUUCCAGAAGACUAUCUGAAAGCUUCCUUAGCAUACGGCAUGGACAGACCCAGCUACAUUACUCACUCGCCCAUCCAGGCAUCUACUACACCAAGUCCUUCUGGGAGGAGUAGUCCAGACCAAAGUUUAAAAAGUUCAAGUCCUCACAGUAGUCCAGGGGUCACAGUUUCACCUCUGGCACCUACUUCCCAAGAGCACAGAGAGCCAUACUCUUACUUGAACGGAUCAUAUGGCUCAGAAGGAUUGGGGUCUUAUCCUGGAUAUGCACCCCCUGGCCACCUCUCACCUGCCUUUCUACCGUCCUAUAACCCCCAUUACCCCAAAUUCCUGUUACCUCCAUUCAAUAUGAGCUGUAAUAACCUGAGCGCUUUGAACAAUAUCAAUGGCAUCAACAAUUUCAAUCUCUUCCCAAGGAUGUACCCUCUUUAUGGCAACCUGCUCAGCGGAGGUAGCCUUUCCCACCACAUGCUCAACCCCACCACGCUCCCCAGCUCAUUGCCCAGUGAAGGAGGCCGUCGACUGCUGCAGCCUGAUCAUCCGAGAGACUUCCUCAUACCAGCACCCAACAGUGCCUUCUCUAUCACGGGCGCUGCUGCCAGCAUGAAGGACAAGCCAUGCAGCCCUACCAGUGGGUCCCCCACCGCUGGUACAGCAGCCAGUUCGGAACACAUAAUGCAACCUAAACCUACCUCAGUGGUGUUGGCUGCCACCGGCGGUGAAGAAGCCAUGAAUCUCAUUAAAAGUAAGAGGAAUGUGACCGGUUACAAAACACUCCCAUACCCACUGAAAAAGCAGAAUGGGAAGAUCAAGUACGAAUGCAAUGUUUGCUCCAAGACCUUUGGCCAGCUGUCCAAUCUGAAGGUGCACCUCCGAGUACACAGCGGAGAGAGACCAUUUAAAUGCCAGACUUGCAAUAAGGGCUUCACGCAGCUGGCUCACCUCCAGAAGCACUAUCUGGUACACACGGGAGAAAAACCCCAUGAGUGUCAGGUUUGUCACAAGCGGUUCAGCAGCACCAGCAAUCUCAAAACCCACCUGCGGCUCCACUCUGGAGAGAAGCCUUACCAGUGCAAGCUCUGCCCAGCCAAAUUCACCCAGUUUGUGCACCUGAAGCUGCACAAGCGUCUCCACACCCGGGAACGCCCCCAUAAAUGCAUCCACUGCCACAAGAGCUACAUUCACCUCUGCAGCCUCCAGGUCCACCUGAAGGGCAACUGCCCCGUCGCCCCAGCUUCCGGCCUCUCCAUGGAGGACCUGAACAGAAUCAAUGAGGAGAUCGAGAAGUUCGACAUCAGUGACAAUGCUGACAAGCUGGAAGAAGUGGAGGACAAUAUCGACUUAACAUCGAUUGUGGAGAAGGAUAUACUGACCAUGCUCAGGAGGGAAAUGGAGGGAGCUAAUCUGAAAGUCUCGCUACAGAGGAACCUGGGAAAUGGGCUUAUCUCCUCAGGAUGCAACCUUUACGAGUCGUCAGAUAUGUCAGUUAUGAAGUUGCCUCACGGUCACCCACUACCUCUGUUACCUGUAAAGGUCAAGCAAGAAACAAUUGAACCAAUGGACCCUUAAGACUUUUUGGCAAAGUGAUUUUUUUUAUUUAUGACUUGGCAAGUCAGGGUGCCUGUAGCAGUUGCUUGUACAUAGUUUCAAUGCUGCAAAGCAAUCUUGGCUUACAGUAGUUUCCCUACGCUCUCCAGCUGAAAGAAGGAACUCCAAAGUUACUGUUUUCUCAGGGCAUAAAAAGGGGCAAAGGACUGUGCAUUGCCUCGCCAGUUACUAAGAGACAAUCAUUUAUCCAUAAUUAUUUUUUCAAUGAUAGUACUUCAUAAUUUAUUAUGCAAUUAAUCAUUCUAAAAGCAAUAAUUAGGAAAAUGUUUACAAUGACUGGAAAAAUUCAUUGUAAUUUUUACUUUAAAUGUUUUUAUUUUUUGUUUUAUGGCCAUUCUUUGUAGAUUUUUUUUCUGCACAUCUGUUUUAAGAACCUAAGAUUAGGGUUUCAGUAAAUGUGUUUUAUGUACCAAUGUCUUUUAAACAAAUGUGGUUUUUCGUAUUGCCAAAGUUGGACAUGUGACAUACAGAAUCCUAGAUCUGUUGGUUUGACAAAAAAUGCUGUGUACUUUCAUGAGCAAAUCACCCCACUGGGAAUUAAAAAGGAAAAAAUAAAACAAAACAAAAACAAACCAACAACCCAGAGUAGCAGCAAUCAGGGAAGAAACUUUUUCUCCUGCCUCUCUGAGGAGAGGAGAAAGAUUCUUCUACCUGCAGCUCUCCGUGGAACAGAUGUGGCACAGCACACACCAACCUGCCAUGGACAAUACCACAUGUUUUUAGAACACAGCUCCAGCCCCACACAUUGUCAUGUAACUUUAAGACCAAAGGAAUACAUGAGCUUAAAGUGGCUUUUCCAAAAUAAAAUCUCACUUACAUUCUUCUGUUUCCACAAGCAGUUUAAAAGCAAAGACACAAAUAAUAUUCUGCCUAAAAGGUGGGGGGGGGGGGGUGUUUGGGCAGAUUUCUUUCUUCAGAUUUUUGUUUUAUUUUGGGGUUUUUUGGCCAGAGCCUUCCAGGGAUAAAAAAAAGAAAGAUGGUCAGAUUCCCUGAGAAAGAAGGGAUUCAGUUUUACUUGUAUUUUUCUCUCCCACUUUGCCUGGGUAGAAGUGGGGAACAAAGUCCUUUCCUGGCACAUAAAUUUUUUUCGUCCUUCCUGUACGACUCAGAUUUUUCUCAGUAUUUGUGUUUGUACAUUUUGUGGUUAAUUUAAUUAAAGAAGAAAAGGGCAUUGCAAAGUUGUUGAACAACAAUUACCUCAGUGCUUGUGUCCAGUGGUGCAGACAAUGCUGUUUUACUUAAAUGCUUUGCUACUUUAGAGAAGAAACCAAAAUGUGCACAGGGAUAGAAUGCACGUCCUUUUAUCUUUUUGUUUUGCUAAGCCCAAAGAUGAUAUGGUGACGUUUGAGGUGUAGCAAAGAAUACAUGUAUAUUUAUAGAUAUAUUUAUACCACUAUACGAUAUAUGUAUAUGUAUAUAUAUUUAUACCACUUAAGUUGUGAGCCAAACCAUGUAAUAAAACCUAUUUUUCAUCUAAGUGUGAAAAUCAAAUGUUAUCCCAGUUUUGCAAAUAACCAAUGACCUCAAAACCAGAAGGUUGUACCAAGGCAUUUAUCACUUGCAAGUACACACGCACAGCUGAAGGCGAAGCCAGAACUUGCAAACACGUGAAUGGCUUCAUCAUGCAUCCAUGUGUAGCAUCUCAGUGAAUUCGGUGGGAAUGACCCUGUUAGCAGGCCAGAGCUCCUUCAGUCCCCUGCUCUCCUGGCAGUCUGCACUGGGGGGGAAGGAGGCUGGUGGUCAGUCAACAGACAGCCAGAAAAUGUGAUGACAAACAUGACCUGUGCGUGAUGUGGUCCCAAAUCACAGUGAGGGCAGGAUGGAAGUCAGGCGGGACAAGGCCCUUGUCUCAUUGUGCCCUGCCACUAACGAGUUGCACAGUCAACUCACACGAACAUAGUUAGCAUUAUUACACACCUCCCCUCCGUGUAUCCCUUUUUGUCUGGUUACGUUCUUAAAAAAAAUUUUAAAAGUCCAUCUCAACAAUUCAGGAUUCGGUGGUCUUUUUUUUUUCCAGCAAACUUCAUUUUAAUGCCUUCUGUUAAAAAACAAACAAUCCUGAAAUACAAGUCUCUCAACACAGCUUUUGAAGGACUCCAGUUCAUUACAUUUCCACUCCUGCAAAUUGUGAGGCUGACAUCUUUUAAAUGUAGCAAUAGUUCAUAAAUAUAGUACUUAAUUGUAGGAUAAACCAAAGUAUCACUACUCUGUCACUGGACACACACUUUUCCUAUUAUUGCCUGUAGUGCUUUCUUGUAUUUGAUACAAAAAUUACAAGAAUUUAUAUGCAUCAGCUUUAAAAAUUGUUACUUCUCUUUACUGUUUUCCCCUCCCCUUAGACGUUUUACAUGUGAAUGUAGCAACAAUCAACAGUGUUUUUGGGGGUUUUUUUGUCUCUCUUAAGAAAGACUCUGACCAAAGUUAACAGGCUUUUUACUUUGCUAGAACAAGAAACUAUCAUAUGUUUACGUAUUGGUUUACAUCAUUAUUUAUGUGCAAAUUGUCAAAUGUAAAUUAAAUAUAAGUGUUCAUUGCUUUACUGAUGCUUCCCUUGUCUUCAAUCUCUCCGCACCAGCUGGGUGCGCAGCCUGGUUGUGGCCCCAGCGCUGGUACACCGAGGGCGAUGGUGUCUUCAGCUGUGCUGAGUCCUGCCUUUGUGGGUUCUGAUUUCUCCUCAUUGAAAGCUGCCAACAGCAAUGCCAGAGCUGAAUACCCUGGCUUCGUUUUGUACAGAGGUUUCCUCAG